CCCAGUUUCUUUAAGACCUUGGAAAGCUUAAGUAAUCUUGACGGCAGACAGCAACUUCGAAAAUAUCAUCGAAGUCUUCGUCUGUAAACAACACAACAUACUCUGCUGCAGCUUGAUGCCUGUUUUUUUUUGUUUUUUUUGUUUGAUUUGUAUUUUUGUUGUUUUUUUUUAACAAUCAUAUUCAGAAACGUCUACGACGUUAAAAGAGGUGCGGACACAUCGCAGCGUCUGGCAAGUUAGAAGAGCGACUGACAAGCCUCCAGCGAGCAAACAAGAAAUGCGUGCAAGAAUCUGCAGGGCAGACCGGUGACUGAUACAGCACAUCGAAGAUCUCUACACACGGGGCACUUGUAAACACAGACGACGCGUGUUUCCCCGGAUGAGUGACCGAGAGCCUCGCAGCCUCGGUGAUCUGUGAAGGGCACGCAUGGCCCACCGCGUGCACGACCGCCAGAGCCGCCUGCCCGUGGCCCAGGCCACGGUGCUGACUCUGCCCCCCUCCAGCCAGGCCACGGACUUGAGGCCCAGAUGGACUGCGCUGGACUCUCUGCUGUGUGGUGCGUUUGCUGGAGCUGUGGCCAAAACGGUCAUUGCACCUCUGGAUCGGACCAAGAUCAUUUUCCAAGUGUCCUCCAACAGAUUCUCAGCUAAGGAAGCCUUCAGGCUCAUUUACUGUACGUACGUGAAGGAUGGGCUGCUCAGUCUGUGGAGGGGAAACUCUGCCACCAUGGUGAGGGUCAUGCCCUACGCGGCCAUCCAGUUCUGCUCUCACGACCAGUACAAAAGACUACUGGGGAGCUACUACGGCUACCAGGGAAAAGCUCUGCCCCCUUUCCCACGCUUCCUGGCUGGCUCUCUGGCCGGCACAACCGCUGCUAUGCUUACCUACCCUUUGGACAUGGUGCGAGCCAGGAUGGCAGUCACCGCCAGAGAAAUGUACAGCAACAUCAUGCACGUUUUUGUGCGGAUCUCCCAAGAGGAAGGUGUGAAAACCCUGUACAGAGGUUUUACCCCCACUAUUCUGGGUGUCAUCCCAUAUGCCGGGAUCACAUUCUUUACAUAUGAGACCCUCAAGAAGCUACACACAGAAAAAACUAAGCGGUCCCAGCCUUACCCUUAUGAGCGCUUGGCCUUUGGAGCCUGCGCAGGCCUGAUUGGACAGUCUGCCUCCUACCCCCUGGACGUGGUACGUAGGCGCAUGCAGACGGCCGGCGUUACCGGCUCAUCCUACGGCACAAUCCUGGGGACCAUGCGUGAGAUUGUAACACAGGAGGGAGUUAUACGAGGACUAUACAAAGGCCUGAGCAUGAACUGGCUUAAAGGUCCCAUUGCCGUGGGGAUUAGCUUCACCACAUUUGACAUCACGCACAGCCUUCUAGUCAAAUUGCAUCAGAUGGGUUACUUCACACACUGAAUCAGUCAGGAGCAGCAGAGGGGAAGCGAAAAGCACAGAUGAGACUGGCAUGAGGGAGGUGGUUAAGUCUGUCACAUGGCAAUAAUGAGUCUCUGCACUCAGCGCAGGGCCGUCCUGCCGCACACUCCUGUUCCCUUCAGAGAGGAUAUCGGAGGAGUGGAUGAGUGGACAGGAGGUCUGUUGUGCACACAGAAACACAGCAUCUCAAAUUUUGGUAAAUGCACAGUCAGCUGAGGGAGGAGACAAAAGUGUCUUUAAGUUGUCGUUCACGCAAUCAUAUCUUUGUUUCUAAAUCAUGGUAACAUUAAGGUGGCUAAAGUGAUUAACAAGGGAACAGUGGAUAAUGACUAUUUUGUUUUUGAUUGAUGAAUAUGGAGGAGUUUGUUUGUGUUGUAUUAUUACGUUAAAGCUUGCACUUUAUUUGUCCUACAAUGUUCUUUCAACUUAAUCCUGUAUCAACAGAGAGAACUCUGUGUUAAUCACUUUUAAUUGCUUUGAAUAUGAAUUUUAUUUUUAUCACGUUGCUCUUUUUCUGUUUUUAAUUAUUUCAAAUAACCUGAUCAUGCAGGAUGUAGAAGGGUGAUUAUGCAAAAUGUUUUGUUUUAAGUGGAAAUUGUAUGACAAAUGUGCAAAUGUGGUUUCAACUGAAACUGAUGGAACAAAUUAUUGUAGGAGGGUGAUCAUGUCAGCAGGACCACACAGUUUCACUGUCCAUCCAGCACUGAGGUAGUGUGGUAUAGUAUUAUAAUGUCUAAUAAGUAUAGGGUAAUCAAAUAUGAAGAAUAAAUCUAUAUAUAUAUAUUACAGAGUUUGGUUUAUGUGCAUAUUGUUACGAUUUCAUUUUUAUACUGCUCUCAAAUUGUGCAGAUUCUAUCAUUGCUUUAAUUUGUUUGUAAGGCACUGUUUACGUAAAACAUCUAAAUAUGCCAAAGCACCUAACUCAGUCAUACUUUUCAUGUUAAGUAAGGAAUAAUCGUAUCUUCACUGCUAAUGUACAUUUCAAAGAUAUGGUAUUUCCAAAGAUGUAAGUCUGCGUACAGUUGUCUCAAGCAUAACUGACCAUGCAAUAAAAUGUCGAUCCACAACACUGAA